AUGUUCCGCGGGUUGGCGGCGCGGCACGCGUCCGCCGACUCGCUCCUGUCGCUCGCGUCGUCCGAAACCAGCAGCCUCGCGUCCUUCGCGACCGCGUCGGACCGCCUGGUAGAGCAGGAGAUUAAUCGGCGCGCCGCGUUAGACUUCGUCACGGAGCUAGCCGGCCCGCUGCAGCCAUCCAGCUCCCCCGCGCAUUCCCUUUCGGGGGAGCGCACCCCACCCGCUGGCGCAACCCUCGGCGCAACCUUCGGCGCAAAUCCCGGCGGAGCCUUGGCCUCUGGCGCAGCGCUUCUGAGCGCAAGCCUUAGCGGGGACUUGCCGAUUACCGCCAAUGAGCUCCCCGUGGCGGUGUUUGCGGUCGACCGCGACCUGGUGUGCGCGCUCUGGAACAGGCGCAUGGCGGAACUGACUGGAUGGGCGGAAGGGGAAAUCAUGCGCCUGGGGCGAUUCGCGGAAGGUCGGUUUGCGGAACGGCUCUUCCGCCCCGCCAGCGCCUCCGCGCCGUUCCGCCGAUGUGAGGACGUUCUCCGCGCCGCGCUCUUUGGCCGCGAUAUAGUCACGGCGGAGUUGCUUCUACUGAAGCGCGGAGGCAGCUGCGCGCGCGUGCGGUUAUUCGCCAGCGCGCGCACCGACGCGCUCGGUGCAGUUUGCGGUGCAAUCUGCGCCGUCAUUCCCGCGUCUUCGGGAGGCGGGGGAGGGUCGGCGGCCGCGCUGAGCGCAACUUCCGCGCAUGGCUUCGACGUGGACGGCGGCGGCGGCGGCGGCGGGAGUGGAGGCGGCUUGCCGCCAUUUGCGCCGUCCUUUGCGGCGGGCGAAACCGAGGAAUGGCUGCAGCGGAACGCGUCGGCGGGGAGUCUGUACGGCAUGCACUCCGUGGACGAGGAAUCCGUGGGCGACGACAGCGACGCGGCCAGCAGCUGCAGCGACCUCUACCAGCUCGGCUCCGCCCCGUUCGGCAGCAGCGCCAGUUGCGGCGGGAAUUCCGGCGGCUCCAGGCGCCACGUCAUGGAGCCCGUCUCCGCCAGCAGGCGCGCGAGCGGCGGCGGCGGGGGUUUGCGCGGAGGUUACGCAGGCGCGGGGAAUGCGGGCGCGGGCCAAGACUCAGGCGCGGGGGCGGGAGUAGGGGUAACUGGGCGGCUUUCGUCGUCGUCUUCUGAGCGACAGCUGUCGGGGAGGCUUUCAUUGGGGGAGAGCGAAGCUGCGACCGAAUCAGGGGCGGCAGGGGGAGCGGGAGGAGCGGGAGGAGCAGGAGGGGCGGGAGGGGCGGGUGAAGCGGGAGAAGCAACUUUGCCUUUGACUCCGCCUGCUACGCCGCCAUCUGCAGCGCCAGUUGCGCCGGCGUUGCCUUCCCCUGUCAAUUUGCCCACUCUCGUUGGUUUGGGCGCGGAAGGCGUGGGCGGGGGCGCGGUGGGAGGCGCGGGGGUUCACUUAAAGCCCGUACAAACGAAGCUAGCUAUCCGACGCUCGUGCGAGCUGCCGAAAUAUGCUUAUUCCUCUCUCACGGGCAUGCGUCGCAAUAUCAGCAUGCGUGCUCUGAUAGCGGACGGAGUGACCACAGGGCGCAACGACCUGGCGCACCAGCUGGAGCGCUGUGGGUUUGACGUGGUCAGCGCCACGUCAGUGCAGGAAGCUGCGUGGAAAUACGAGCAGGCCGCUCUCCACGGCUCUCUCCCUUCCCCCUUUCCUACUGCUCCUCCUCCUCCUCCUGCUCCCUCUGACGCCGCCUCUGCUGCUGGCGCUGCUGCAGCUACCAAUUCCGCCGCCGCCGCCGCCAGCGCCGGUGCCCCUCAUGCCGCCGCUGCGGGUGGUGGGAGUGGGGGAGUGCUGUUCUCCCUGGUGGUCCUGGAUCUAGAGCAGGCCACGAGUAGGGCAGGGCAGGCGGCCAUUCGGGAUAUCCGGCGGCUCAAGGUGCUGAGUGAAGAGGGCGAGGAGGACGAGGGGAGGAGUGAGGAGGGGAGGAGCGAGGUGAGCGAGAGUGCAAAGCAGCGAUUGGAGGGGGAGCAGGAGACGGUGCAGCAACAAGAGCAAGCGACAGUGGAACCCUUCUCCUCCUCCUCCCCUGCUGCUGCAGCUACUGCUGCUGCUGCUGUUGCCGCUGCUACUUCUGCUCCUGCUGCAGCAGCUUCUGCAUCAUCGCCGGAUCGCACGCUCAUAGUGGUGGUGGCCGAUUUGAGCCGGUACGACCAGGUGGGGUUGGAUGCAGCAAUGGAGCAGUGUGUGCUGGCGGGGGUGGACGCCUUUAUUCCCCGCUCCAUGCACCUGCAGCAGCUGCGGACAGCGCUUAGGAGGCUCGGGCUGCACAGCAAAUAUCUCGUUCUGCCCGCCUCGCUGCCCUGCGCGCAUUCUGCUGCGAAUGUUUCUGGUGUUGCGGACCUCUCUCUUUUCGACGCGGACGACGACGAUUUCCGCGAAGCUGCCGAAGUGCGGCCGGCCCUCCUUUCUUCAAUCGCCCGGCCGGCGGCGCCCUCCGCGCAGUCUGCCGUCGCAACUUCCGCCGCUUCCGCCGUGACUCCCGCCGGAAUUCUAGCGGCACCUCCCGUUCUCGCGAUUUCCGAACCAGCCCAGCCGUCGCAAGCGGAAUCUAUUCCCGGGGCUGCUCCGAAGCUGAUUGGGGAGGGUCGGAUUGGGAAGUGGGAGAUCGGCGGAGCAAGCGGAACAGGCGGAGCAGGCGGGGAAGAAGCGGAGGAGGGUGGGGGUGGGGAGGGAGAAAGCGGUGCAGUGGAAGAGAGUGGGUUUGGAAGGGAUGCAGAGGAGGACGAAUCGCACAGAGAGGGAGGCGAAACGGAGAAGGCUGGUGAAAGGGAGGAGAGCUUGUUGGAUGGAGAAAAGGGAGAAGUGGCGACCGGGUUGGGUGAAGAAGAGGAGGCGAGUGGGUUGUCGCAUGUGGGAUCUGCUAACGAAGACUCUCCUAAUGGGCUUGCUGCUGAUAGCGAGGGGUUUACUAAUGAGGAUGAGUCGGAACAGGAAACGGGCGGGCGGGAAGGGGGGAUUUCCGCAGCAACCCCAGAUGCAGGUUCGCUGAAGGAAGAAUGGCAGCAGCAGGUGGAUGAGUUGAAGACUGCUUUGGCCCGGGAAAAAGAUGCUAGAGUGGCUGCAGAGGAGCAGGCGAAACGGGCAGAAAGAAAGGCUUCUUGCGCGGCCGAGGAAGCUGCCCGGGCGGCGGACGGGCAGCGGCGGGCAGAGGCUGAACGGGCAGAGAUGGAAAGAACGAAAGCUGAGAUGCUGAAGAAGCUGCGGCAUAUAGUAGAGGAGGCGGUGAAGAGAAAGAAGGAGGCGGAAGAGGAGAAAACCGUUACCGAAGCUGCCGCCGCAGCUGCGGUGAAGGAUCGGAACGAGGCUCGGAAGGAGCGGGAUGAGGCUCGGGGAGAGAGGGACGGGGCCGUGCAGGAGAAAGAGCGGGCGGUGCAGGAGAGAGAGGCGGCUGUCGGUAAACUGGAGCGGCUUAUAAAGGAGCGAGAUGGAGCGGUUAGGGAGCGGGAGAGUGCGGUGAAAGAGAUUACGAAACGGUUGAGUGGUGAGAGGGACGCAGCGGUGAAGGAGAGAGAGGUGGCAGUGUUACAGAGGGGGGCGGCUGUGAGGCAUGUGGAGGCGGUGGAAGGGAGUGUGCGGCGUGCUGUGGGGAGAUUGGGAAGGGAAGCGGAGCGGGUUGAGAAGUUGUUUGAAGGGAUGUUUGGUGUGAAGAUGGGUGGCGGGAGGAUGGGUGAUGGGAGGAAGAAUGAUGGAGAAGUGGAGGGAAGCAGUGGUGGUAAUGGUGGUGGUAAUGGUGGUGGUAAUGGACUGGCAGCUAAGUCAGUGCGACGGCAAAGAGAGGAGAUGGAGGAGCGAGCAGUGGCAAUGGCUGUGGAGGUUUCACAAUUAGAAUCUGAUGUUGCUGAUGCGAAGAGAGAGGUUGAGAGAGUGAGAAAGGAAGGGGAGGAGGAGGUGGAGCGAGUGAGAAAGGAAGGGGAGAGGAGGGUUGAGGAGGGGAGGGUGGAGGGGGAGAGAUGGAGGGCGGCUGCUGAGGAGGCGGAGAGGAGAGUGAGGGAGGUUGAGGAGGAGAGGAGGAGGGAGAGGGGGAGGGUGGAGGAGUUGGAGAGGGUGCGAGGGGAGUUAGAGCGGUUGAGAGACAAGGUUGGGAGGAGCGGAAAGAAUAAUGGUUCAGUUGGAGAGGGGGUAGAAGGUGGGGAACGAAAUGAAGGGAAGGAGGACACGGAAGGGAAGGAAGGGAUGGAGGAGGAGGGGAGGGAGGGAAGCGUGGAGGAGAUCAAAUGGGUGGAGAGACGGUUGGAGGAGGCUGAAAGGGCGGUGAGCGAUUGGAGGAGCAAGGAGAGAGAGGCACAGGGCCGCGCCAUUAGUGCUGAAACGAAGCUCGCAACCAAUUUGCAGCAGGUGGAAGGGGCAUUGCGCAAGGAGAGGGAUGCGGGGAGGCGAUUAAAAGAGACAAACGAGUUGCAGCAGGUGGAAGGGGCAUUGCGCAAGGAGAGGGAUGCGGGGAGGCGAUUAAAAGAGACGUUGGAGGGAUUGGAGAGGGAGGGGUUGCGGGCCGCAGAACAGGCCAGCUUAUCGGAGUGUGAGGCGGAGGCGGGCCGAUGGUGGGAGGCAGCCAAGGAGGUGGGAGGAGCAGAGCAGACUGCAUAUGCUUCCGCAGCGCCCCAUCUGGCUGAGUGUGAGGCGGAGGCAGGCCGAUGGCGCGAGGCGGCCAAGGAGGAGGCAGCAGCGGGGAGUGCAGUGGCUGAAGAGAUGGAGGAGAUGCGCGGGCAGGUGAGGGAUGAGGGGGCUGCCAAGGAGGAGGCAGCAGCUGGGAGUGCAGUGGCUGAAGAGAUGGAGGAGAUGCGCGGGCAGGGUGAAGCAGAGAAGUGGCAGAGGGCAGAAGAGGAGGCACACGCCAUUCACACUCAUCCGCAUUCAACUCCUCCGAAAUUCCUUAAAUCCCCUCCUACAGCUUCUUACCCUGGAAGGCGAGGCCGAGAAGUGGCAGAGGGCAGCAGAGGAGGCACAAGCCAUUCACACUCAUCCGCAUUCAACUCCUCCGAAAUUCCUUAA